CUCCCGAGGGCCCAGGACGCAGGACGCCGUGCCUGGCCCAGGCCCGCCGGUCGCACCUCGAAGCCCCCCAUCUCCUCCGACCCUCUCUGUUCCGGUCUCGCCCUGUCAGGGUUAACCCCUCAGGUGCCACACCGGGUGCCCCCACCAUGGGGUCGGAACUGGAGCAGGCCAUGGAAUCCCUCAUCAACAUCUUCCACACCCACUCGGGCAAAGAGGGAGACAAGUACAAACUCAGCAAGAAGGAGCUGAAGGAGCUGCUGCAGGCCGAGCUGGCCGGUUUCCUGGAUGUUCAGAGGGACACCGAGGUGGUGGACAAGAUUCUGAAGGAUCUGGACGAGAACGGGGACGGCGAAGUGGAUUUCCAGGAGUACGUGGUACUGGUGGCCACUCUCACCGUGGCCUGCAACGCCUUUUUCUGGGACAACAGCUGAAAACGGGGGGCCAUCCGGAAGCUCGCCCCAUCCCGCCACCCCUCACCGGGGGAGGACCGGGAGUCCAGCCCUGUAGACCCCUCCCCAGCUUGCCCCCCACCCCUUGGGCCCAGGACGAUGUCCCAACUGUGAUAUGUGUGAGUGUUCAUUAAAGGGCCAGACCCCCAUGG